AUGGCCACAACAGAUGGCCCCAAAAGGGGGGAAAGGAACCCAAAACAUCCUUCAGAGCACAAGGUGGCAGCUGACAACUGCAGAGACAAGUGGUGCAAAGUCAAACUGCUCUGCAAACCUCCUGCUGCUUUCACAAUAAAACACAACAUGUGCAUCAAAACUCCACGUGGGAAUCCUUUUGACCCUCAGUUUACACUCACUAAUGCUGUUUCAAAUGUCAUAUGCUCCCUUAUCUUCGGCAAUCGGUUUGACUACCAGGAUGAGGAGUUCCGAAAAUUGCUGAAGCUUCUGCAUGAGACGUUUGUCCUCCAAGGAGCCAUCACAACCCAGCUGUACAACGCUUUCCCAUCUAUAAUGAAGUUCCUCCCUGGAGCACACCAAACCAUUUUCAAAAACUCAAAGAUCUUGAAAAGCUAUAUGGAAGAGCAGAUCAACAAACACAAGGAGGAUUGGAACCCCUCAGAGAGCCGGGACUACAUCGACAGCUACCUGCAGGAGAUAGCCAAGGACAAGGGCAGUGACACCUUCCGGGAGGAACAUCUUAUCAUGUGCUCACUUGACUUGAUGUUCGCUGGAACAGAGACCACCUCUUCAACCCUCCGCUGGGCUCUACUAUUCAUGGCCUCAUAUCCUGAAAUUCAAGGUACAAGUAGCAAAAGGUCAGUGCUUUCCCUUCCUUUUAUCCCUCACAGCUUUGUGAGAGACACUUUUCUUGAGGGACAAGUUGGGAAUCUCCCUGCACUCACACAAAACAGGUGCAAACAGGGGCAGGUGUCCCCUUAGGGGAUCCUCCCAGCAACAACCUUGUGUUAUUCCAAGGGGUUUUAUCCUUGGGCCUUGGCUGAUUCCUGCUCUUUCCCACCAG